AUGGAGGAAACUGACCACGGAAUUGGUAUUAAAGUUUACACUGCAACACCACCACAUGAGAACCCUACAACCUCCUCCUCCCUCCCUCGCCUGCCUUCGGAACCCGGCCGCAAGAGGAGGGUCGUGGCCAAAGGGGUUCAAAAAACCAUAUCAAAAACCUCCAUGCUUGUCAACUUCCUACCAACAGGCACCCUUUUAACCUUCGAGUUGGUUCUGCCUUCUGUUUACCGUCACGGUGCUUGCACCCAUGUUACCACCAUGAUGAUUUACUCCCUCUUGGGCCUUUGCGCGGUCUCUUGCUUCUUCUUCCAUUUUACCGAUAGUUUCCGAGGCCCGGACGGGACGGUUUACUACGGUUUCGUCACGCCCAACGGACUGGCCCUUUUCAAGCCUGGUCUCGAAGUCGAAUCUCCGAAAGACGACAAGUACAAGGUCGGACUCACAGAUUUCAUUCAUGCUGUCAUGUCGGUGUUGGUGUUCAUGGCGAUCGCUUUCUCGGAUCAUAGAGUUACCAACUGUGUUUUUCCAGGACACGAGAAGGAGAUGGAUCAAGUUAUGGAGGGUUUCCCCUUGAUGGUGGGGAUUAUUUGCAGGCUGUUUCUUGUGUUUCCCAAAACUAGAUUUGGUGUUGGUUGCAUGGCUGCUUGA